AUGCCCGGGAUCUUCCGCGAGCUGGAAAACGUUCGGCACCAGCUGGAGAACCAUUACAGGGACAUGCAGGACAUCGAGUUUACAAUCCAGCAAGGCAAGCUCUACAUGCUGCAGACCCGCACGGGGAAGCGCACGGCCCAUGCAGCCCUGCAGAUUGCGGUGGACAUGGCGAAUGAGGGCCUGAUCAGCAAAUCGCAGGCUUUGAUGCGCCUCAAGCCGGACUUGAUUGACCAGCUGCUCCACCCAACAUUGGACUCCAAGGCCAAGAAGACCGUCAUUGCCAAGGGCCUCCCGGCUUCGCCAGGUGCAGCCGCUGGGAAGGUAGUCUUUUCGGCCGACGAGGCCGUCACCCGGUCGGAGAACGGCGACAAGGUGAUCCUGGUUCGCAUCGAGACCAGCCCAGACGACAUCCACGGCCUCCAUGCGGCCGAGGGUGUUCUGACGACUCGUGGUGGGAUGACAAGCCACGCAGCUGUGGUGGCACGUGGCAUGGGCCGGCCCUGUGUAGCAGGCGCUGGGGAGGUGAAGGUCGACUACAGCUCGGCGUCCUUCGAGGUGGGCGAUGUGGUCGUUCGUGAGGGUCAGCUCGUCACCAUUGACGGUGUCACGGGAGAGGUGAUGCUUGGAGAAGUCCCCACGGUGCCCCCGCAGCUUUCCGGUGCCUUUGGCACCGUCAUGUCCUGGGCGGACGAGUUCCGCACCAUGCAGGUUCGGGCCAAUGCCGAAACGCCGGCAGAUGCGCGCCAGGCAAAGGAGUUUGGCUGCGAAGGCAUCGGCUUGGUGCGCACGGAGCACAUGUUCUUCGAGGGCGGCCGGAUUGUGGCAAUGCGGCAGAUGAUUUUGGCAUCGGACAAGACGGACCGGCAGGCAGCUCUGGACAAGCUUCUGGCUAUGCAGAGGGAAGACAUCACUGAGCUCUUUCGGAUUAUGGACGGUCUGCCGGUGACGGUCCGUCUGCUGGACCCUCCCUUGCAUGAGUUCAUCCCGCACACGGAGGCCGAGAUGGGCCUGGUGGCAAAGGCAGCCGGAGUGCCCUUGGAUCGCGUGCGCCGCCGCGCCAGCGAGCUGCAAGAGGCCAACCCCAUGCUUGGCCACCGAGGUUGUCGCCUGGCCAUUACAUACCCAGAGAUCUGCGAGAUGCAGGCUCGCGCCAUCUUCGAGGCUGCAGCAGAGGUCGGCUGCAGCGCCAAGAAGACCCCGGUGGCCGAGGUCAUGGUACCUUUGGUGUCGACCCUGGAGGAGCUGGUUCAGCUGAAGAAAGUCAUCGAGGCAACGGCCCAGCAGGUUCAGAAGGAGCGGGGCAUGAAGUUCACUUACCGCGUGGGGACCAUGGUGGAGCUACCCCGAGCUGCACUGCAAGCAGGCCGCCUCGCAGAGCAAGCGGAGUUCUUUAGCUUUGGCACCAACGAUCUGACCCAGACUACGUAUGGCCUGAGCCGGGAUGAUGCAGGGGCCUUCCUGCCCGAGUACAAGGCAAAGGGUAUCGUCGAGCAGGAUCCCUUUGUGAGCCUGGACCAGGAGGGUGUUGGCGAGCUGAUCCAGAUCGCAGUGGAGCGUGGUCGCCGCAGCCGUUCGGGCAUGAAGAUGGGCAUCUGCGGAGAGCACGGAGGCGAUCCGGCUUCGAUCGAGUUCUGCGAGAAGACAGGGUUGGACUACGUCUCUUGCUCGCCCUUCCGCGUUCCAAUUGCCCGCCUGGCUGCGGCCCAAGCGGCAUUGAAAUCCCAGGGCGAGAAGGCUCUCCAGGCAUCCACGAAGGCAGCCCGCCCCAGGCAGCAACGCUUCGGCCCGUGGUGA